CACGAGGCACCACACCACAGCAUCUCUGGAUCCGUUUCUCCUUUGCGCUUGCGGUGGUGCGCAUUGGCCAACCCAACCCAACCCAGCUCCUCAACCAAACGCACCCACCGCCCGGGGUCGCGCUCUUCCUCUCGUGACUCGUCAGCCAGCCCCCUCCUUCGCCUUGGCCCUGGCCCUGGGGAGAGAGGUAACCUCACCACCACCAGCACCACCCCCUUCAGGACACGCCACAAGAAGAACACCAGCCCCAACCGUCGCCGGCCGCAUUUAAUCCCCGCAUCGCCACCGCCAACGCCGAUCCCCGGGCCAUGAUGGAGACGAAGCCGCCGUCGCCGGGGACGGCAUCGGCCGCGGCGGCGGCGCACCACCACCGGCGCUGGGCGGCGCCGCUGCUCGCGUCCGUACUGCUCUCCUCCCUCCUCAUCUCAGCCUCCCUCUUCUUCUCAUCCUCGCGGGCGCUGCUCCUCUCCUUCUCGCCCCUCCCGUCCGCGGCCUCCGCGGAGCCGCUCUUCGUCGAGGCCAAGCUGCGGCAGCAGCAGCAGCAGAUGCGGCCCGACGGCGUCGCGCGGACGCAGCGCGCCGUGCCCAGGAUCGCCUACCUCGUGUCCGGCUCCGCGGGGGACGGGGUCGCGCUGCGGCGGACGCUCAGGGCGCUCUACCACCCGGCCAACCGCUACGUCGUGCACCUCGACCUGGAGGCGCCCGCGGCCGAGCGCGCCGAGCUCGCCGCCGCCCUGCGCGCCGACCCCGUCUACUCCCGCUUCCGCAACGUCAGGGUCGUCACCCGCGCCAACCUCGUCACCUACCGGGGCCCCACCAUGGUCGCCAACACGCUGCACGCCGCAGCCAUCCUGCUGCGCGAGGGCGGCGAUUGGGACUGGUUCAUCAACCUCUCCGCCUCCGACUACCCCCUCGUCUCCCAGGACGAUCUACUGUAUGUGCUCUCUACCUUGCCAAGGGAGCUUAACUUCAUUGAACACACCAGUGACAUAGGAUGGAAGGAGUAUCAGAGGGCAAAACCUGUAAUCGUCGACCCAGGGCUAUACAGUCUGCAGAAGUCAGAUGUUUUCUGGAUUACAGAGAAAAGGAGUGUGCCAACCGCGUUCAAGCUCUUCACUGGAUCAGCAUGGAUGAUGCUUACUCAUCAGUUUAUUGAAUACUGCAUAUGGGGAUGGGACAAUCUUCCAAGGACAGUCCUGAUGUAUUAUGCCAAUUUUCUCUCUUCACCAGAGGGGUACUUUCACACAGUCAUCUGCAAUGUCCCAGAGUUCCGCAAUACCACAGUUAACCAUGAUCUACAUUUCAUUUCUUGGGACAACCCACCAAAGCAACAUCCCCAUUACCUCACCCUCAAUGACUUUGAUGGUAUGGUUAACAGCAAUGCUCCCUUUGCAAGGAAGUUUGGAAGAGAAGAUCCUGUUCUAGACAAGAUUGAUCAGGAAAUAUUGGGCCGUCAACCUGAUGGAUUUGUGGCUGGCGGAUGGAUGGAUAUGUUGAAUACAACAGUGAAAGGAAAACAUUUCACUGUCGAACGUGUACAAGAUCUCCGCCCAGGGCCUGGUGCGGACAGGCUAAAGAAUCUUGUCACAGGCUUGCUCACCCAGGAAGGUUUUGAUGACAAGCAUUGCUUGUGAAACUUCCAGAAAGAUGAUAGGUUACUCGGUCAAAAUCUGAGGGUUGAGCCAUUAGCUAGUCAUUCUGCUAGCUGAAGAAGCAGCACAUAGCGUCAAAUCCCGCAUGGAUGGAAUGGUCUGAUAGGUAUUCUUAUAGACAACCACUUGAGUUGAGUUACCGUACAGCAGGAGACCACGGCCUUAGCAGGCAGAGAUUAUACACCACUAAUAGCUCAUUAGGUUAUGUUAGAAGAUUAUAUUAGCCCAACCAUAAAUAAUAUUGGAAUUUUCGGUUUCUCAGCGCUGAGGGUUGUCGAAGGUAGUCCAUUCUUCCUUUAGAAACCACGGGACUGAUCUACUUAGCCAACCAUCAGCGCAUUGUAUUAAUUGUGGAUCCUUUGGGCAAACUGGACAUUUUGGCUGCGUACAUGUAUUCUUUGAUUUGUUUUCCUUUUUCCCA